GUGGGCCGAGCGGCGGGCUCGAGGCUGCAGGCCGGGCUGCGUGAGUGCUUGCGCCGCGCGGGCGCGCGGGACUGCUGGGAGCAACGGCCGCGGCGCUUUCAGAAAUGCGCUUUGGGGACCCACGUGUGCGCGCCCGUGCGCGGAGCUGGGCGCCCGCCCGCCAGUAGUGGCCCUGCGGGACUCUUCUCCGCGGCCGCUCGCCCAGAUUCCUGUGGGAUUCCCCGCGACCCAGAAAGAGAGACUGCACGCGGAAGCCAGCAGUGUCGGGAGGGCCUCUGAAGCUCGGGUGCAGAAUGAGCACGUGCUGCUGGUGUACGCCCGGCGGUGGCUCCACCGUCGACUUCCUGAAGCGCUAUGCAUCCAGGAGCCUGCCCAGUGACUUUCAGACAGCAGAUGAAGACCUGUGCUACUGCUUGGAGUGUGUGGCUGAGUACCACAGAGCGAGAGAGGAGCUGCCGUCCUUGCACGAGGUUUUGUGGGAAUUAGAAACCUCACGUCUCAUAAACCAUUUUGAAAAAUCUAUGAAGGCAGAAAUUGGAGAAGAUGAUGAAUUAUAUAUAGUAGAUGACAAUGGAGAAGCUCAGCUGUCCGACUUCACUGGCCAAGAUUUUGAAAACAAGCUUCGCGUUCCUCUUCUUGAGAUACUGAAGUACCCCUACCUGCUUCUGCACGAGCGCGUCAAUGAAUUGUGUGUUGAAGCGCUUUGUCGGAUGGAACAAGCCAAUUGCUCCUUCCAGGUUUUCGACAAACAUCCAGGGAUCUACCUGUUUUUGGUGCAUCCCAAUGAGAUGGUUCGUCGUUGGGCUAUCCUAACUGCAAGAAACUUGGGGAAAGUGGACAGAGAUGAUUACUAUGACUUACAGGAGGUCUUGACUUGCCUUUUUAAAGUCAUUGAAUUGGGGCUUUUAGAAAGUCCAGACAUUUAUACUUCUUCUGUUCUGGAAAAGGGAAAACUGAUUCUCCUGCCCGCACACAUGUAUGAUACAACCAACUACAAGAACUACUGGCUGGGUAUUUGCAUGUUGCUGACCAUUCUCGAGGAGCAAGCCAUGGACUCGCUGCUGUUGGGCUCAGAUAAACAGAAUGAUUUUAUGCGAUCAAUACUUCACACCAUGGAGGGACAGUCGGACGAUGACAGUGUGGAUCCUUUCUGGCCAGCACUCCAUUGUUUCAUGGUGAUUCUGGAUCGCCUUGGGUCCAAGGUCUGGGGUCAGCUGAUUGAUCCUAUUGAGGCAUUUCAAACCAUUAUCAACAACGAGAGCUACAAGAGAGAGAUCCAGAACAUACGGAACAGUUCUGUAAGGACCAAGUUAGAACCGGAGUCGUAUUUGGAUGAUAUGGUGACUUGCAGCCAGAUUGUAUACAAUUAUAAUCCUGAGAAGACUAAAAAGGAUGCAGGGUGGAGAUCAGCCAUCUGCCCAGAUUAUUGUCCGAACAUGUAUGAAGAAAUGGAAACGUUAGCCAGUGUACUUCAGUCAGACAUUGGUCAAGACAUGCGUGUUCAUAAUAGCACGUUUCUGUGGUUCAUACCUUUUGUUCAGUCCCUGAUGGAUCUGAAAGAUUUGGGUGUGGCGUACAUAGUGGAGGUUAUCCACCAUCUGCACUCUGAAGUCAAAGAUGUCCUCAAUCAAGCAGAUGCUGUGUGUGACAAAGUCUCUGAGUUUUUUCUGCUGAUUUUGGUGUCAGUGAUUGAACUGCACAGAAAUAAAAAGUGCUUGCAUUUGUUGUGGGUGAGUUCCCAGCAGUGGGUGGAAGCCGUCGUGAAGUGUGCCAAGCUCUCUACCACUGCGUUUGCACGGAGCUCUGAGAAGUCCUCUGGAAGUGGCUGCAAAGGAGCGGCCAUGAUCUCGUCGCUGUCGUUGCACUCGAUGCCAUCUAACUCUGUGCAGCUCGCUUGUGUGCAGCUGAUCAGAAGUCUGCUCAAAGAAGGCUAUCAGCUUGGGCAGCAGGCCCACUGUAAGCGGUUCUGGGACAAGCUUAAUUUGUUCCUUCGGGGAAAUUUAUCUCUAGGUUGGCAGUUGACUAGUCAAGAAACCCAUGAGUUACAAACGUGUUUAAAACAAAUUAUCAGGAACAUAAAAUCCAAAGUACCUCAGUGUAGCACUUUUGUGGAUCUGACUCCUGCUUGUAAAAUCCCUCCUGUGUCUUACAAAGACGAAAGUGACCAAAUAGAGAAGAAACCUAAAAAUGACACGCACUGUCUGGAAAAUUGCAGUCCAACGUUUUCUAAAGACUCCGUGAAGGCUGAUGCUCACCAGAUGCAAGAGAGAGCAUUGGUCCAGGCGGAAGAGGAGGGCGUGGAGCAGGAUCGAGUGAAGGGUCGGAACCCAGGAGGCAACGUGUCCGCUGCGGCGUGCUCGGAGCCGAGCGGUGAAAGCCACGUCACUGAGAGGGCCCAGGGCCCGAGCGCAGCAGCUGCAGGGAAGCCGAGCUCCUCGUGCACACCGCAGAGUCGCAGGGCAGGAAGCGCUUCCGAAACCGGGUGUGACAGGGGACUGACGCCAGCGUGUGCUUUGACUGAUUGUGGCAGUAGUUCUCUGGGGAAAGUGUCGUCUUCAAACGAGGAGUUCUCUUUCAAGGAUGAUCUUGGUAAAACCUCAAAACCAAAAACCAAGGCACAGAGAGAUGAAAUCUGUGCCAGGUUGUCACGGGUCAUAAGGAAGCAGUACAGGAAGACCACCUGUGUCACUGAUGCUGGCAGUUCAGAGGAGAACCCGGCUGUGUCUCACCCUGAGAGUUGCUAUUCAAGGAAACAUGUGGGAGUUCAGAAAGAGAACGGCUUCAUACACAAUCUGUCUCUAGAUGCUAAUGCUGUUCUAGAUCCUAAUGGAGAACUAAAGAAACAGUUGAAAGCUGAAGAGUUAGAUAUUUUCUCUUCCCACAAAAGCAGCUGUAAAAGACAGGAAGGUGGUGUUGAUGGUAAGGGUGUGGUCCCUGGGGUAGACGUGAACAGUGCCUCAGUGAAGGAAACACGUGCACUUAGAGAGUCUGUGACUGUGCUGGACUCUAGAGACAAGGCCGUGAACAUGGGCGUGGAUCUGCUCUCGUGUAACUUGGCGAGACAAGAGGCGCCUGGCAGCAGUCCUCGCUCUGACACUUUAACAGAUUCUCAGGUAGACAGAGACCUCCACAAACUCUCCUUAAUGGCUCAAGCUAGUGUCAUUAAGUUUCCAUCCGAUUCAGUGCAUAAAAACUCAUUCCAGCUACAAGGAAAAGUAAAAGAUGAUAAUAAAAGGCAUUUUAAAGCCAGCCAGGAUAAUGGUGAAGACCUCAGCUGUGGGCAGGUCAUUGUUAUUUCAGAUUCUGAUGAAGAAGAAGAAAGAAUCCUGGAUUUUGAGAAACACAAGAAACAGAACCAAAAAUGCCUUGGGAAAGUGCCUCCAGGGCAGCGAGCUGCGGUCGUUAAUACUAACAUGGAAAAAAAGCUAACAGAAGAGGAGAUGGUGUCCCUCCUAGAGGCUGAAGACAGUGAGUCGCAGUUGUUUGAGUUUGAAAGCUCAUCUGAAGUAUAUUCAGCUUGGCAAGAUGGUAAGCCAGAGCCCAAGCCACAUGGAAAUGUACCCUCACCCAGUCCACGUGAAAAUGUACCCUUUCCCAGUCCACGUGAAAACGUACCCUCUCCCAGUCCACGUGAAAACGUACCCUGUCCCAGUCCACGUGAAAAUGUACCCUCUCCCAGUCCACGUGAAAACAUACCCUCUCCCAUUCCCCGUGGAAAGGUUCCUUCUCCCACUCUGACUGACAUCACACCUGAGUGGUACUUUGACCGGAAGACGAGUGAGUCUGAUGCGAACACUAAGAAAGUGGCCAAGGGCGUUGAAGAACGUGCGGAACCACAGAGCAGUAGUACUGCUGAGGAGGCCUGUGAGGUUGAAGUCAGACCGAAGAGAAAACGAUUGGAAAAGCCUGGGGCCGAGGAGCCUGCUGGGCCUUCGUCUUCUGUGAGCAGUGCAGACCGGUCUGGGAACCGGAGAGAACUUCCUGGGAGUGCAGACGAGAGGAGCGUAGCUCCCGAUUCCAGCGCUGACAGAGCCGCCACGGUUUCACCCAGGAAAUCCCCCAAGCUGCGUACGUACUCAAAGCCCAUCAGGAGAGUCCUGCCUUCGAUAACGUCUAAGAAAACACCUUCAAGUGCCAGAAGAGGGCAGAAUAAAAGUCUGAAUUACCUAAGUUGUAGGACGACGCCUGCGAUUGUGCCACCAAAGAAGUUUCGCCAGUGUCCUGAGCCGACUUCAACGGUUGAGAAGCUCGGUCUGAAAAAGGCCCCUCGAAAGGCUUUUGAGUUGUCCCAGCGAAGCUUGGACUAUUUGGUUCAGUUACGUGACCACGGCAAAACUGUCGGAGUCGUCGAUACACGGAAAAAGAGUAAAUUAAUUUCUCCUCAGACGCUUUCUGUGAGGAAUAAUAAGAAACUACUGAUCAGUCAGGAUGCUCAGCUGCGGAGGCAGGUGAGACCCAGGUCACGGCAAAAUGCACACAGAGUCUUUGAUUGUCCGACUGUGGCUGCUACCAGUCCAGAGCCGUGUGCGGCACAGGGGUCUGCGUCUGGGCCCGGCUCUGCUAGGUCAGAUUGUAAGAAGGGUGGGGUGGAGGUGCUUGCCGACAGUCGUGGAAAGCAGUUCCUACAGUGCGUGCCCCCCGAACCAGAGGCCAUAAAAGCACAUUCUGUUUCUCGAGCGGCUGGUGACGCUGGUCUUUUGAACCAAAGUGAUUCUGUGGUGUUAGAUGGAAAAACACCAGCAACGGACUUGAUUACUUCCACUUCAGAAGACCCGUUCCCUCGGGGUGGAGGUGGUUCCGCGGCUCGUCCUGCCGAGGGGGCAGCAUUGACCGAGGCAGAGCCUGGGUCCGGCAGUGACACAGACGACGAGAGCUUAUUUUUAACACAGAAUGACCCUGAAGAUAUGGAUCUGUGUUCACAAAUGGAGACUUACAACGAUAAACUAAUUGAAGUAGGUCAUGGGAAGGUGGCAGAGGAUGCUCUCGGUGGGCCUCAGUCGGGAUAUUUGCAUGACACAAAGUGCAAGUACCAGGAUUGUGUUGAGACCAUGAAAAACGCUGGUGACUACUGCACGAGGCACUCGGAAGCUAAAGUUGCGGAUGAAGAUGUGUUUCGUAAGCCUGGCUUGCCUCUUUCUGCAGCCAAGCCUUUGCGACCUUCCACUACUAAGAUUUUUAGCUCAAGUAGCACGUCGCGAAUUGCUAAUUUUUCCAGGUCCUUGGAGAAUGCUUCAGCACUUACAUCAGCUCUAAAGAAUAAGUGCAGCGGGAUGCAGUCUGUCCUGAAAGGACCACAGCCAGCUGCCCUGGUACCUCCGGAGCCGGGGGGCGAAGGGAAGGGUUUGUGCGCUGUUCUUCCUCAGCUCCCAGGUAAUCCCAGCAGGCAGCGGCACACGCUGCCGUUUGGUGAAAGCAAGUCUCUCUUCUCCGCUUCCUCUCCAGUAAACGUCCCCUUGUCGUCACAGUCUAUCUCUGACACCUUUGUUCAGGAGGUCCUAAAGUGGAAAUACGACAUGUUCUUGAACUUCGACCAGUGCGGGCCCCCGGCAAGCCUUUGUCAGUCCAUCUCGCGACCUGUGCCCGUCAGAUUUCAAGACUGUGGAGAUUAUUUUAAUGUUUUUUUCCCUUUGAUGAUGUUGAAUACUUUUGAAACAGUGGCGCAGGAAUGGAUGAACUCUCCAAAUAAAGAGAAUUUCUAUCAGUUGCAUUUGCGAAAAUUUCCUGCUGAUUAUAAAAAAUACUGGGAGUUCGUGGUUUAUCUAGAGGAAUGUGAACUGGCUAAGCAGCUUCACCCGAAGGAAAAUGAUUUGGUGUUUUUGGUUCCUGAACGACUAAAUGGAGAGAAGAGAGAUGCGGAGAGAAGUCGCGUGCAGGAUCUCUGUGAAUAUCACUGCGGCUAUGUUCAUAAAUUUCGUCGCACUUCAGUCAUGCGUAAUGGGAAAGCUGAGUGUUCCCUUUGCAUCCAGACUCAAGAGAAUUUGCCGGCCAACUUAAAUGAACUUGUGAGGUGUGUUGUGAUCAGUUCUCUCGUAACUACACAAAGGAAGCUGAAAGCUAUGUCUCUGCUGAGUGGUGGGAACCAACUGGCCAGAGCCGUUCUGAAUCCAGAGCCCAUGAACUUUUGUGCAAAAGAUGGGCUGACUACGUCAUCGGAGAGAAUUCUUGCUCACUUAAAAGAUUUCAAUGAAGACCAAAAGAAAGCAAUAGAAACUGCGUACAGCAUGGUGAAACACUCACCGUCAGUUGCCAAAAUCUGUUUGAUUCAUGGACCACCUGGAACAGGAAAAUCAAAAACUAUUGUUGGCCUCCUGUACUGCUUGCUGACGGAGAACCAGAAGAAGGGACACCCAGGUGAAAAUUUCAAUGCCAAAAUCAAGCAGAACCGCGUCCUUGUGUGCGCGCCUUCCAAUGCAGCUGUGGAUGAGCUUAUGAAGAAGAUAAUCCUCGAGUUCAAGGAAAAGUGUAAAGACAAGAAGAAUCCUUUGGGAAACUGUGGCGAUAUCAAUUUAGUGAGACUGGGUCCUGAAAAGUCCAUUAACAAUGAGGUCCUGAGGUUCAGUUUGGACAGCCAAGUUAACCACAGGAUGAAGAAAGACUUGCCUUCUCAUGUUCAGGAGAUGCAUAGAAGAAAAGAGAUUCUGGACCGUCAGCUAGAUGAACUUUCCCGCCAGCGAGCCUUGUGCCGAGGAGGACGGGAAAUACAGAGGCAAGAGUUAGAUCAAGAAAUUGUCAGAGUUUCAAAAGAAAGGCAGGAACUUGCUUCUAAAAUUAAAGAGGUUCAAGGGCGCCCCCAGAAAACACAGAACAUCAUCAUCUUGGAGUCGCACGUCAUCUGCUGCACGCUGAGCACCAGCGGUGGCCUGCUGCUCGAGUCGGCUUUCCGUGGCCAGGGCGGGGUCCCCUUCAGCUGUGUCAUCGUUGAUGAGGCUGGGCAGUCCUGUGAAGUGGAGACCCUCACGCCGCUCAUCCAUCGCUGCAAUAAGCUGAUCCUUGUCGGGGACCCGAAGCAGCUCCCGCCCACCGUCAUCUCCAUGAAGGCACAGGAGUACGGCUACGACCAGUCGAUGAUGGCUCGCUUCUACAAGCUGCUGGAGGAGAACGUGGAGCGCAGCAGGAUGGGCCGGCUGCCCGUGCUGCAGCUCACCGUCCAGUACCGCAUGCACCCGGACAUAUGCCUCUUCCCCUCUAACUACGUGUACAACAGGAGCUUGAAGACAAACAGACUGACUGAGACCAACCGGUGUUCAUCAGACUGGCCGUUUCAACCUUACCUCGUGUUCGAUGUCGGGGAUGGUUCCGAGAGACGGGAUAACGACUCAUAUGUAAAUAUCCAAGAAAUAAAAUUGGUGAUGGAGAUAAUUAAGCUUAUUAAAGACAAAAGAAGGGACAUCACCUUCCGAAACAUCGGCAUAAUAACCCACUACAAGGCUCAGAAGACGAUGAUUCAGAAGGACCUGGACAAAGAGUUUGAUAGGAAAGGACCAGCGGAAGUAGAUACUGUGGAUGCAUUCCAGGGCCGGCAGAAGGACUGUGUUAUUGUUACGUGUGUCAGAGCAAAUGCCUUGCAAGGCUCAAUUGGGUUCCUGGCCAGUUUGCAGAGAAUGAACGUCACCAUCACGCGAGCCAAGUACAGCCUCUUCAUCCUGGGACACCUGAGGACCCUUAUGGAGAAUCAGCACUGGAAUCAGCUGAUCCAGGACGCGCAGAAGCGCGGCGCCAUCGUGAAGACCUGCGACCGGAGCUACCGGCACGACGCCAUGAAGAUCCUCAAGCUGAAGCCCGUGCUGCAGAGGCACCUGAGCCACCCCCCCACCACGGUCCCGGAGGUGGCCAGGCCCCAGGGCGGCCUGCCCAGCAACAGGCUGGACGGCGGGCUGGCCUGGACGUCUUUUGCUUCGUCUGUGUGCCACACGCUCUCAGACGUCAAGGAGAACGCCGUGGCUUCCACGGUCCCCGAAAGGCAAGCUGUGCAGGACCCGCCUCGGGACCCACGGCUGCUGCGGAGAAUGUGCGCUGACGCCCAAGGCAGUUUCCUGAGGGAGCCACAGCCCCCGAGCCCCCAGCACCCUGGAUGCACACCUCCGGCGGGGGAGCCCGGCUGUCCCGUCGCGCCGCAGGACGCGUGCGGUGCCGGGCAGCAGGCCACGGCCAGGCUGGCCACGCUGAGCGCCCAGCAGCCUCCCGGGCAGGGGGAGCCUCUGGCUGCUGGUCCCGACGCAGCCAUGAGCAAGAGAAGGUGGGAGGCCCGGGCGCUGAGCGAGGGCGGGCAGGGGCGCUGUUACACGUGGAGGGACGCGGGCUGGGACGCGUGGAGACCCGAGGGCGACAGCAGCUCCAAGAAGAGGAAGCUUUGGCAGUGACGCCCGCCCGCCGCGGCAUCGCCGUUCGCCGCGAGUCUCCGCGCCAGGCCGCCCGGCUCGUGCUUAGCGGCUACGGUGCUGUGGGAGCCCGGGCCCCUGGGCUGCGGCGGCGGCUCCUGCCGGUUCUCCGGGGUGCGCGUCCACAGUGUCCUUGGGCGCCGCCUCGUUCCUUAGAAGGUUAGACUGUAGUGAGUGUUGUAAGAGUUGAAAUGUAUAUUUGUAUA